ACUUCCGGGGCGGGUCUGCGGGACCCGGAAGUCGUUAGGGAGCUCGGCCGAGAAGUCGGCUUCUAAAUCGUUUGCUGUCGUUUUUCCUCACUCGCUGGUCCUGGCACUGCCACCGCUCCCGCCGCCAUGGGGAAACGGCAGCAUCAGAAGGACAAGAUGUACAUUACCUGUGCUGAAUACACUCACUUCUAUGGUGGCAAGAAACCAGAUAUCCCACAAGCAAAUUUUCGUCGCUUACCUUUUGAUCACUGCAGUCUCUCUCUGCAGCCCUUCGUCUACCCAGUCUGCACCCCCGAAGGAGUCGUCUUUGACUUGCUUAACAUCGUCCCUUGGCUUAAGAAGUAUGGGACCAACCCCAGCAAUGGAGAGAAGCUGGAUGGGAGGUCCCUGAUCAAGCUGAACUUUGCAAAGAACAACGAAGGAAAGUACCACUGCCCAGUGCUAUUCACCGUGUUCACCAACAACACCCACAUCGUAGCUGUCAAGACCACAGGCAAUGUCUAUACCUAUGAGGCAGUGGAGCAACUAAAUAUCAAGGCCAAGAACUUCCGAGACCUGCUGACAGAUGAGCCCUUCUCUCGGCAGGACAUCAUCACCCUCCAGGACCCCACCAAUUUGGACAAAUUCAAUGUCUCCAACUUCUUUCAUGUGAAGAAUAACAUAAAAAUAACAGAUCCUGAUGAAGAAAAGGCCAAACAGGACCCAUCUUAUUAUUUGAAAAAUACAAACGCCGAGACCCGAGAGACGCUGCAGGAGCUCUACAAAGAGUUCAAAGGGGACGAGGUUCUGGCUGCCACCAUGAAAGUCCCAGAGAAGAAGAAAGUGGACAAGCUGAAUGCUGCGCACUAUUCCACCGGCAAGGUCAGCGCCUCCUUCACCUCCACUGCCAUGGUUCCAGAGACUACGCAUGAAGCAGCUGCCAUCGAUGAGGAUGUGCUGCGCUACCAGUUUGUGAAGAAGAAGGGCUAUGUGCGGCUGCACACCAACAAGGGCGACCUCAAUCUGGAGCUGCACUGCGACAUGACACCAAAAACCUGUGAAAACUUCAUCAAACUCUGCAAGAAGCAGUAUUACAACGGUACCAUCUUCCACAGAUCCAUCAGGAACUUUGUGAUCCAGGGAGGAGACCCCACUGGCACAGGCACAGGUGGGGAGUCGUACUGGGGAAAGCCCUUCAAAGAUGAAUUCCGGCCCAACCUCUCGCACACGGGCCGGGGUAUCCUCAGCAUGGCCAACUCGGGGCCCAACACCAACAAGUCUCAAUUCUUUAUCACCUUCCGCUCCUGCGCAUACCUUGACAAGAAGCACACUAUCUUCGGGCGGGUUGUUGGGGGCUUUGACACACUGACAGCCAUGGAGAAUGUGGAGAGUGACCCCAAAACUGACCGCCCUAAGGAAGAGAUCCGCGUUGACUCCACCACGGUGUUUGUGGACCCCUACGAGGAGGCCGACGCUCAGAUUGCUGAGGAGCGGAAGAAGACGCAGCUCGAGGAGGUGGCCCCAGAAAGCACAGUGAAAACAAGCCAGCCCAAGCCGGGGAGCCAGGGUCCCCAGACGUACCGCCAGGGGGUGGGCAAGUACAUCAAUCCAGCAGCCACGAAACGUGUAUCAGAGGAAGAACCGUCAACCAGUGCAGCUGUCCCUGUAGCCAAGAAAAAACCCAGCCGAGGUUUUGGGGACUUCAGCUCAUGGUAGCAGGUCUGUCACUCUGGAUCCCCAUAGGGACUCAGGGCUGGGGACCUGUAUCCACACCACAGAGUUUUCUGUCCUCCUGACUACAGCUCACUAGAGCUCUUGCUUGUUCCCCUUUCCUGGCCCCUGGGCCUUCCCAACCUUCACUUGGUACAGUGGCCUGGCCCUGUUUCCAGGCCUGGGCCUACCUAGAACCCUCGACCUGGACCACCAGGCGUGGGCUGUGGCCCUUAGACCAGCCUGCAGCACGGGUCUGGGACAGGGAGGAACGCUGUGUCCUGACUCUGGCCUUCCUCCCUUCCCCACCCCACUUCAGUCAUUUUGUCUGAGACUGUUUACUCAGUGUUAUCACCUGGGACCUGGUUAGAAAAAGAGUCUCAGACUUCGGAUCUUCUGACCAGGAGACUCUGGGGGCAGGGUUCAGAUCCAAACCUUGGGGGGGGGGGCUCCUGCUGCCGGUGGCUUGAGGAUGCUAGACAGAGCCUUGACAUCAGUUUUUCUUUUUUUUUCUUU